UUUUAUUUACUUGUCCUGCUCUCCUAAACAUGUUUUUCGUCUUUUGCUUUGAUAAUUUUUAAUCAUUUUGAUAGUCACUCCCAAUGGAAAAAGCAAUUUACAACAUCGACAUUGAAUUGGAUGCAUCAUUGUAUAAGGUAGAUAACAAAGGAAAAUUAUUUAUCAAAAAGUUAAAAGUAUAUUGUUUAGUUUGAGAGAGUAUUACUCGGUUGACCAAUACUAUCCUUUUUAUUUCCCCUCUCAUACUCAUUUUUAUUUAUUUAUUUUUUAACUUCUUCAUUUCGAAGGUUCAUUGUCCCCGCCUAUAAAAAUAUUGAUUAAAUAUAAAUAAGUUACAGAUAAAAAAAUUACAAUGGGGCUUACAUGAUUUCAUUCUGCAACACCGCAACGUUAAAAUACCAGUAAAACUUGAAUUGAGUGAUUAUUAUUCUUAGGUUACUAAUGUCCUUGAUCCUUCAAUUUAUUCUUAUUCGUUGGUAUUAGCACAGGCCUUCUUGCAGAUAAUCAAUAAAUAAUUCAACUUUUAAUGGUGGUAAGUUUAAUAUACAGUAUGAACAAAUAUUGAAUUAUAGAUACAUUAAUUUCUUUAAUGGUAUGUUAUUAUGAUGAAUUUUACAUGAAAAAGCCAUUCAUAUUAUUGAUAUUUGCACAAGCAAGCCAAUUUUGCAAUAAUGCAAACUAUAAACUAUACGCUAAAACGUGCUGGUGGUAUAAUUAAAUUGUACUCGCUAUGUUACCAUUUUCAUACAAACCGACAGUCGUUGAGUACCAUAGUGAACGAGUGCAUUAUCAGAUCUUUAUAAGAAGAAGCAACUGUAUAUUCACACUUGGGAAAAUGUUCUUGAUUUCCUUCCUUCUGACUUUCUCUGCAUCUGGUGCAAUAAUCACAUCAAAUGUUGAAUCAGCAACUCAUGACCUGUCCAUGUCCAGAGCUAAUGGACCACUGCUGUCGAGUCAUUCACUACAUCAUUCAUCAGUAAGGGGUUUGACAGAUUGUGUACAACUCUGUUUGCGUCACAUCAAGGAAUGUUCCUUUAUAGCUUACGAUAAAGACAGUCAAAUGUGUGACGUAUUCGCCAGUAAAUCUGAAUAUCAACUAGUUACACUAAUGUUCCCAACGAAAGUACUGCUGUACACGAGUCCGUAUCGCGACUGUACUGACGUCAAGCAACGACUGAGUGACUGUGAAAGUGGUGUUUACCAAAUUAAACCCUGCUCAUCGUGUGACGCGUUUCUCGCUUAUUGUGACAUGGACACUGAUGGUAAAGCUUGGACGGUAUUUCAGCGUCGACAAGAUGGCUCUGUAGAUUUCAACCAAGAUUGGCAAAAUCAUACGUCUGGAUUUGGUGAUUUGAGUGGCGAGUUUUGGCUGGGAAACAAUAAAAUCCACAAAAUCACGUCGUCAGCAAAGUAUAAAUUUCGGAUAGAUAUGGUUACCCAUGAUGGCAACGCUUAUCACGUCACAUACGAGUCUAUUGAGAUUGGAAGUGAAGCUGAAAACUUCAGACUGGACAUAGGAGAGUACAUCGACACUAAGUCAACUGCCGUCGAAGGGCUUGACUACGAUGUGAACUCAUAUAACCGGUACAACAAUGGCAUGAGCUUCUCUACAAUUGACCGAGAUAACGAUUUUUUGAGCAGCGGUUCCUGCAGUAUUGAGUAUAAGUGCGGUUGGUGGUUCAACAUGUGUUACCGUUCUAACCUUAAUGGUGAAUAUAAAUCUGGAAUUAUCUGGGACCAUAGUAUAACCGGCCACUAUAUUUUACGAUUCUCAGAAAUGAAAAUGCGAAGAAUUGUCUGAGGACAAAGAAAAAUGUUUGAUUAUUAUGCCUUAAUUGUAUUUUAUUAUUUUUAUUUUAUAUUUGUAUGCUUUUGAAUCACGAUUUGUGAGCUGAUUGUAGAGUCCGCUAUUUUACACACAGUAUACGAUGAAUACAAAAAGCAAUUGCACUGUAUAGGUAUUUGCCCAUAACGGCAGAAUUCAAAAAAUUAUAUGUUUGUCAGAAAUGAAAGAGAUGAAUUUACCAAGAAUCCCAUUUAUCAUAUUUUUUCUAGCAUCGUAUAGGCUUCUAAAUUAUGCUUUGUCAGUUUUCAUUAAAGUUUCCGUCAUUAAUAGUUCAGCAGAAAGUAGUAUAGUGCCAUCGGAUUUGAAUCCCAUGUGUGGACAAUUGUAGAAUGUGUUUGUAUAUAAACUCAAUGACGGAUGUGUUUCCCGAUACCAGCUACUGUACUAUCAUGUAACUAUUUAUUUAUUAUAAUUGCUCAACACUUUUAAUGUGAAAAUACACAACAGUGUAUACCAAAAUCAAAUGAAUUUUGAAUCAAAUGAGAAAUUGUGUGAGUUCUGUUGGUAGGGAUUUGCCGCAGUGAUGCCAAUUUAGCCUAAGCAACCAAUACCCUGCCAAUGGUAUUGUUGACAUUAAAAAAUAUAUAUAUUUUUGUCAAUAAAACAGAACUAAA